CGGAGUCAAGAGAAACAGGCACUACAAGCGUGUUGUGUACACUAGAAAUACACAUGCUUUAGUGUUAGAUAGUGAUAAUUUAAUAAAAUGGCAUGAAAGACAUUCGUAAAACGAGCCACUGUAACCGGAAGAAUAAUUUUUAACCGCGACGGACAUUUUAAAGUGCGUCACUAACGGCGGCGGUUAUUCGUUAAAAGAGAAAACAAGAAGUUUCCAGUCCUGUGACUUCAGCGAGCAGCCACCAUGAAGAUCAAGCGACAGAAACAAGCCAAGAAAACAAUAAGUUUCUACAAAUACAACUUCAGCUUCAGGGAACCGUUUCAGAUCCUCAUCGAUGGGACCUUCUGUCAGGCCGCGCUAAAAAACAAGAUUCAGAUUAAAGAGCAAAUGCCCAAAUACCUGAUGGGAGAGGUGCAGCUCUGCACUACAUCCUGUGCACUGAAGGAACUGGAGACUCUGGGGAAAGAGCUGUACGGAGCUAAAAUCAUCCUGCAGAGGUUCCAGGUGAGGAGAUGUCCACAUUUCAAGGAGCCUGUCCCAGCCUCACAGUGUCUGCUGUCCAUGCUGGAGGAGACGAACCCACACCACUACUUUGUUGCUACACAGGACCACACAGUAACCGCAGGCCUGAAGAAGAUCCCAGGUGUUCCUCUGCUCUACAUCAUCCUCAACACCAUCGUGCUGGACAAGCCCUGCCAGACGUCCCUCGACCACGUCCAGGCCGUCCAGCUGGGAGAGCUGGUCAGCCCGGCCCAGCAGCAGAGCAUCCGCAGCCUCAAGGAGGAGCAGGGUAUCGGCCAGAGGGACGGAGAGCGUCGGGGGAAGAAGAGGAAGAGGAAACAGAGCAAUCCUAACCCUCUGAGCUGCCUGAAGAAAAAGAAGAAGGGCGGGCCGACACCACCGAAGAAGACGACGGAGCAGGGGGAGAAGAAGAAAAGAAGUAGACACAAGAAACGAAAGAUGGAGGGAGGAGACGCAUCUGCUCCGUCUGUUACAAAAACAUAGUCCAGCAGGAAGACAGAGACUUUACCCAGUUUGUUUUUUUGCAUAAAUAUCAUUUGAAGAUUCAUGGUUCUAAUCCUAAAUAAUUGACACUGCUCUGUUUUUUUAUUUCAUGGAAUAAAUCAGUAUUUGUCACACAAAACUGCAUUUUAAAAUUCUGCUCAUGGUAUUUGCUUUAUUUUGAAAAAUGUUGCAACAGUUUGCUGGACCCAGGACUAACAGGCAUAAGACUGAAACUGUUCAGAAACAUAGUAAUAUUUUUGAGAUAGAGAUGAUUUGUGUGGCUUUUAUAUAAAAUAAAAAGAGCAGGUUUACAGGCACAUGGUUGAUGAUAUACGAUGCACUCAGACAUUACAUGAUAUACAGUUUAUAUGGAAGUAGAUAUCAAAAACAAUGCAUUCAGCUGUCUUUGCAGAAGCAAGAAGUGUGUUCACGAUGACUUGGUGGUCUGCUUCUUUUUUCAGCAGGUGCUGUGAUUUUUGAUGUCUGCUAUUUUCUCAUACGAUGAGUUUAGAGUCCAAAUGACAAUGUUUAUAACAAAUAUGUCCAUUCAGACUUCACUUGGUUGUGAUAUCAAGUCAUUUUCAAUCAAGCUUCAAAUGAAAAAACUCCAGUUCAUUCUUUUGAUAUGUAUUACAUCAAUAAAUGUGUACAGAACA